AUGUAAAAUUUAAUCAAGGAAUCGUAAAGAAUAUACUAAUUAUUUAUAUAAAAUGGACCUAAAUAUUUGGAUACAUUUGAUUAUUAACCACUUACAAAAUACACAAUAGAAGCAUUAUAAACUAAAUCUCUUUAAGAAUACAUAAAUAACAAUUUAACAAUGAACCAAGAAAUUUCAAUGUUACCUAUAUAAUUCUAACCUGAUAAUAGCUUUGCAUUUGCUAUAUUUACACUUGCACCAAAAAUCACUAUGCCUUUACAUGAUCAUCCUGAUAUGUUUGUACUUUCAUAUGUUUUAUAUGGAGAAGGUAUAAGAGAAGGAUGGAAUAUUAAAUAAUCUGAUUUGAAUAAAGUUAAUUCAUUUAAGAAUACUACUGUUAAAUAAGAUGUUAUUGUUGAAGCAGAAGAAUUACCAUCUCUCAAUUUGAAAACUGGUGACAUUUGUUACACAACUCCUAAUAUGUGUAAUUUACAUAGUUUUAUAAAUGUAAUACUACUCAUACUAUUUCAAGAAUAGCUUCACUAAACCAUUUGUCUUUCUAGAUAUUAUUGUACCACAUUACGAUGAAAAUACCAAUAGAAAAAUCACUUAUUUUUAACGUGAAAAGGAUAAUCGAUUGAAAUUAAUUCAACAAGAUGAGUAUUACUAAUCUUUAUGCUUUUUAGAUUGUGA